AUGAGUCAACAAUCACAAUGGCAAAUACACAAUUCACAACCAAUAGCUGGUGGUGUGAAAAUGUUUGAUCCAUCACAGUUUGCUGGAACAAGUCAAGCUUCAAAUGUUAAUCAGCAGAAUUAUUCUCAACAUUCUGCAGCUUCUCCACAAACAUCAGCAUAUGAGCCUUAUUCUACUGCUCAAACCUUUCCUGAUUCAACACAAAAUCAACAAGUUCAAAAUAAUUCUUGGACAAGCUGGGGAUCAUGGGGAGAAGGGAACAGUGUAACAGGAAAUCAGUCCUACAGUGCACAUAGCCGAGGAGAAGCUAGUGCAGUUCAUACCUCACAAGCUCAACAGGACUACAGCCAAAGCUAUUGGGAUCCUAAUACACAACAACAGAUACAGCAUGGACAGAAUUUCCAAACUGAUGAUGGCCAACAACAGAAUCAUCAUCAUCAGCAGUAUCAACACCAACAACAAACUGAUCAACAAUAUAGCCAGUAUACUUCCAAGAAUCAAUGGCAAGGAUACCCCCAAAACCAAAACAUGAUACAGACAUCACAGCAUAACUUAUACAAUGAUCAUCAGUAUCAACAAAAUACAACACAGAUGAGUGUAGGAUUAGAACAGUCAGGUGAUCAACAACAGAAUCCACAUCCUGAUCAGUAUAAUUCUUAUUUAGGUGAUUCUUUUCAACCCUCAAACUUUCCACCACAAACAGUGUCACCAAACAGUACUGGUAAUACUGGACAAGGAAGUGAACAUGUUGACAAUAACAGUUUUGAAGAAGAAAACAGGAACAGUGCUUAUAAUAAUUUUAAUAAUAGUGAUCUAUCAAAUAGUACUAAUGUCCCAUUUCAGUCUACUAAUGUGACUGCCAAUCAGUUUUUAAAUACUAAUAACAUUAUUCAUAGGACUGAUUCUGCUAUUAGUAAUGCUAGUUUAUGUACCGAAGGUUCUGCGAACACAAGUUUAGACCAAGAUCAGAUCUUACAACAAAUGUCUGGACAAUUGCAAAAUGUAUCAUUGGAGCCUUUACCAGAAGUGACUUCUAAUCAGCCUUCCCAAACUGUUGUGCCAGACCAAACAUCUGUUGAGGAUGUCAAAUUAGAGGAAGAUCAACAGAGCCCACUCAAUGACUGGGAAUUUGUGAACUCAAUUCCUUCAUCAUCAUCCCAACACAGUCGACAAAGUUCCUUAGAGAAUAGUUCUAAUAUAUUAACUAGUCAACCUAGCCCUCAACCAUUUUCUGACAUACAUCAUACUGAAAAUAAGUCUGAAUCUUAUGUUGUAACCUCAAUAGCUUCUUUAAGUGGAGGUAAUGAGACACAACAUUCAACAGUACCAAUAGACCCUUUUAAUGUAAACAUUUCUGCAUCCUUUAACACAGAGACAAGUAAUUCUGCUUUUUCCUCAAGUGUGAAUCCUUCAAGUAGCAGUUUUACAACAUCAGAACCAUCAUCCCUUGGAACAUCUUUUACCAACCCACAGACUUCUGAUUUCUCUCCCCCAAAGGCGCCACCAAAGACCCUCGAGACAUCGCCAGCUGCUUCAAACCCUUUCCGUAAACCCAGUCCUCAACCUACUAAACCUGAUGCAGAAAAGAGAAAUAGUCCAUUGAUUCCAACACCCAUAUUUCAUCCUUUGAUUCUCAGCCAAGAUUCAACCAAAGAUACAAAUGAGGAUGAUCUCCAAGAACAGUCUGUCUCUAAAAUCCCCUUUUCAGGGCAAGAAAGCACCAAAACAGAAAAUAAAGCAGAAGAGCCAAAAAGUGACAAGACAUUAAAAAGCCCUGCUAAAGGCCAGUCAGUUCCUGGGGACCAAAAAAGGGAAGAUAUUGGCUCAAGUAAAGAUUCUUCAAAGCCGCCAAUCCCAAAAGAUACUCCACAGAAUUCACCAAGGAAACAUAACUCUGCUUUCAAACCUGUACAUCGUGCCAAACACAACAUGUCCCCAGCUACAUCCUUAUGGGAUGAUUACUCUCCACCCAAAAUAACAGGUGUUAUACUGGCUCCAGCUGCACCAUCAGUAACUGAAGCUUCACCAGUAUCUAAAAGCAGAUCAUCUUCCCCUGUUAGAUCGUCAGCCAGAGAGUCUAAGAAAAGAGAUGGUGAGGGCAAAGGCAGUGACAGUGAAGGAUAUUCAGAUAAUUCUAGAAGUAGAUAUAGAGAUAGAAGGCUUGGCAGUUGGAAGAAGGAUGAUGACAAUAGAUCUUUGGAUUCAUUGGAUGAAGUCAACUCUAAGUUGGAUGCUUAUAGGGAGCGUAGGUAUCGAGAGAAAUAUGCAGGUAGACACUCAUACUAUGAUGAAAGAGACAGACCCAUGAGUAGAAGUGACUACAGAGAAGAUUAUAGAGCAAGAUAUAGGGAUGAUCCCUAUUAUAGAUCCUAUGCUGAUAAAGAUUAUUAUGGUAAUGAAAAAUAUGAUAGACCUAGAUCCAGAAAUACUGAGUCUCAAGAGAGAGAAAUAAGUGAAACAGAUCACCAGAGAUCUAGAACUGAUUAUGAUAGAGAUUCCAGAGAUUAUUAUAGAGACAGAUAUAGGGGUUAUCAAUAUGAUGCCCGAAGAAGGCAUGAUGAUAGAUAUAGUUAUGAUGAUUAUUUAUAUACACAAGCUUAUUAUGAUGAAUAUUAUGGUAAUCAAGGCUAUGGCGCUCGGUACAAUGAUUAUUAUCGCAGUCAAUACACAGUAGGAGAUAACUAUAGUCAUGUUUCUAACUCUCCUCGAGCUCAAACUCCAGCCUUAGAUGAAACUGAACCAAGUUAUGAUAGUCAAGGACGGUUAUCAAGACCUAGUAGUAGACAAGAUUAUGGCGAAUCAUCUUAUAAACAGGAUCAUUAUGAUCCAAGAUAUAGUCAAUAUUAUGAUCAUUAUGGUUAUGAUCCUUAUUAUCAAGGUUAUGCUUAUGAUCCUUAUGCCAACUAUCACGAUACAUCAUAUUCAAGACUUACACCACCCAAGUAUUCUAUACCACAUAUGAAAGCAUGUUUUGGACCUAAUGGUCAGUUAAUAAAAGUUCUACCUAAUAGACCAGCUGAUGGUCAACCAGCUGUAGUAGAAGUACAGGAAGUAGAGUCUGUAUUAGCUGAUACUACUGGUGCUGAAGAGGUUAAAGAAUUCCCUGGACCUUUAAUAAGAGGUGACACUCAUAAGAAUGAUAUAUUGUUAUUUUGCCAAAGAAAAGCUAAGAAAUGUGCUGAAGAAAUCAAUAUGAUGGACAGAGAAUCAGCAGAAUUAAUCUGGAAACUUCUAGAAUUGUUGAUAAAACAAAAUGGAACUGUGAUAGGUACCGAUAUAGCUGAUUUAUUAUUAGAAGGUCAUGAACCAACUACUAAAGAGUAUAGUAUGGGUGGUAUGAAGAUAGCUAGUAGUUUAGAGAACAUCCAACUGGCUGAAGAUACCGAUCUUAAAACUACCGUAGAUAAAACUACUAUAAAUAAUAAAACUAGAGAUGACUUAAUAGAUAGAUUUAGACAUCUAUUGUUAUAUGGUCGUAAAAAGGUACCAGUACCUUAUCAGAUAACUGUCAAUAUAUUACAGGAUGCCUUAGAGUGGGCUAUGAAGAAUAGUAUAUGGGGACAUGCAUUGUUUCUAGCUAGUAAAAUGGAUACAAGAACACAUGCUAAUGUGAUGACUAAAUUUGCUAAUAGUGCUAUGAAAAUGAAUGAUCCAUUACAAAGUUUAUAUCAAUUGAUGUCAGGGAGACAACCUGCCGCAGUCACUCCCCACUUUUCUAAAUAUGUAGAAUGUGUUGCUGUAAUCUGUGGUCCAUUGAGUGUUUCUGUUAGUCAAUGUAUGUGUAUGUCUGAUGAAAGAUGGGGAGAUUGGAGACCACAUUUAGCUAUGAUCUUAUCAAAUCAUACUUCUAAAUCAGAUAUUGAUAGAAAAUCUAUUACUACAUUAGGAGAUACAUUGGCUGCUAAAGGAUGUCUACAUGCCAGUCAUUUCUGUUAUUUAAUGGCUCAAGUCAAUUUUGGUGUUUUUACAAAGAAAACAUCUAAAAUAGUUUUAAUAGGCUCAAGUCAUAAUUUAUCACUAGAUGAGUUUGCUACUAAUGAGGCUAUACAAUGUACAGAGAUCUAUGAGUAUGCUAUGUCAUUAGGAAAUACUUCAUUUGUCUUACCACACCUACAGGUAUUUAAGUUUAUCUAUGCAUGUCGACUUGCUGAAUAUGGUUUAUCAGAAGAGACAUUACGUUAUUGUGAAGUUAUUAGUCAAAAUAUACAGCGGUCACCAGUUUACUAUCAACCUUCAUUUGUUAAAUCAUUAUAUGAGUUGUCUAAUAGACUAAAAUAUCAUGAUCCAGCUAGACAACAUGAAGGUGAUGAUGCUGAGGAUGCUAUCUGGUUACAACAUUUAUCUGUCGUUUGUCAUGGUUAUGAUGAUGGAAGUAUACAACCUAUAUCAGGUACUGCUACACCAGCUGGUUAUCCUGGCACCACAACUAGCAGUGAUAGUGGUGAAGUGGCAGAAUAUACCAGUAAUACUUAUAAUACUAACCAGUACCAGAACUAUCAACAAGACUGUACUUAUACUGACUCUAAUCAACAAUAUGACCAAAGUCAGAAUCAGUACAAUCAAGGUCAAGGCCAGUAUGACCAAGGUCAAGGUUACUAUCAGAAUCAAUACCAACAGACAGGGAGUAAUAAUGUGACAUCAGAAACAACAGACCAACAGACAGAAGGACAGACAACUGACUAUCUACAUCAGCUACAAGCUUACAAUGCUGAGUGGAAUCAAUACACUCAACAGCAAGGUUAUUAUACAGAGAACCAACAGCAGACCACAGAUACUACUAAUAAUCAAUCUGAUACUAGUCAAAAUACUGGUUAUACACAACCACCACAAGGAUAUUAUCAACCAACUGGUAGUGAGAACCAACAGCAAGGAUAUUAUAAUCCUCAACAAGCCAGAAAUAGUAUAUCUUCUACACAGAGUCUACCAAAAGAGGAAGAUGAUGAUGAUGAUGAUGAUGACGAAGAGGAUGAUGAUCAAGCAGAUGGAGGAAAUCAUGCACCUCCUCCAGGAUCAUUUGAUUAUUUUGGUGCUGCCACAUCACAAAAGAUUGUAGCUCCACCAUCUAGAUUCCGUGCAGAUUCUACUAGUUCUACUGGUAUUCCACCGAGACAACGUACCACAUCUGGUAGUAGUACUGGUAGUCUGUCUGCUGCUAAUCCCAAACCUAAAACCAAACAAAAUCAGAAAAAUGAACAGCAGAAAAAUAAUGAGAAAGGUGGUGGAUGGCUCAAUAUGUUUGGUUGGGGAAAAAAUAAACCUAAACAGAAAAAACAUAAAGAAAUUAUAUUACCAGAUGAUAAGAAUCCUAAGAUUGUGUGGGAUCCUGUUAAUAAAAAAUGGACAAAUCAGGGGGGAGAAGAAGAGACGUCCACACCAGCAGCUCCACCUCCUAAAGAUAUAGAUUUAAUGGGUAAAAGUAGUGGUAUGAAUGGCUCUGCACCACCAAUGAUGUCAGGUGCUAAUGGUACUAACAGAUUUUCUUUAAAAAGUGCUGGUGGUGCUAGAAAUCAGUAUGUUGAUGUACUAAAAUCUGAUUCCUCACCAGUAUCUACUACUAGUUUAUUAAAUACAGCACCUAGUAUAAAUACAAAUACUAAUAUAUAUAAUCCUUCAGCUGGUUCUAGUCAAGUAAAUGAUAAACAAUCUUUAGAUAUCCCACCAUCAUCUCAGAAUAUAUCUAGAUCAAGUUCUAGAAGUUCUCUAUCAAGAGAAGUAGAGGAAUUAACUGAUCUACAGAAGAACCAAUCUAUAAACCAAACAGCAUCUAGUAUGCCAGUUUUAUUUGAUCCUAACCAGUUUCAACAAUCUACUGCCACUACACAACCUAAUACAAGCCAGGGAAUGAAAUAUGGACAACGAAGAAAAUAUCCUAAAUAA